AUGCCCCUAGCGCUGACCUCUGUGAGCCCCAACCUGUUAGAAGGCCCGCAGAGAUUGAUCACGCACGACAGCAUCCCAGUGCGCACUCGCCCCUUCACCGAGAGCAGUAGCCCGAUACGACAGCAGUCCGUGCGACCGGCAGCCGAAAAACGACAGCAACGACCAAACAUGAACCGCUUCGUACCUCUAGCGGCCCAGAACCAAGAUGCCGACGACGCUCUCGCAGACGCCGAAGCAAUUGCAAAAUGCGCUGAGCAAUUCUCUUCUGGAUACGGAAAACGCUUUGCGCAGCACCUCCGCUCGACGAUCUUACAGCACUGGUCGGCUGCCUCCCAUCGCGCGUCGCCAGCCCCUGACCAUGCCGCCAUCUUAGACAGCGUGGAGAAAACUCCGCGCACAGCACCACUCGAGAAAACAGUGACCUUUGCCGGCGUCACGCGCGCUGCCAACGAGACGCAACCCGGAAAUCGCAAAAUCACGCCCAAGGAUGCCCCGAGACGUAAAGCGCAAACACCAAGAACUAAUAAGAGGGUUCUGAUCCGUCUCCGUAAGGACUCGAAAUUCUUCGACAAAUCACUCCAGAUUCAACUAGCAAUACGCGACAAGCUACACUUGCAACUAGCAGACCUUCUGGACAUGAAAGAAACCAACACGGGAUUUGCCCUAACCCCUUCGACCAUAGCUAUCCAGCAAAAGAUUCUUCAGAACCAGCAACUUUGGGGUCCCCUGGUUGGGCUUGAGAUCGCGGAAAAGGACAUUGAAUGGCACACAUACCUUAUCAAGAAUUUCCCGCGGACAAUCACGUCAUGGGAUGGCACAGAACUCGACUACAAAGCCGCUUUCGCCUCUUCGGCCUCGGCGACCUCUCUUUCCAGCUUACAAAACCCCCGCGCCUCAUCCUAUGUGACACGUGUUGGCUCUAGCCUCUAUCACCCACCCACACAAUGUCAGAAACCAAAGGUCUGCGGCAACUGCGGCAGCCGCAGCCACGACCUGGAAAACUGCGAAACCCACCCGACAUGCGUAGGUUGCUCUGGCCCGCACGGUGCAGGAUCCUCAGAAUGUUUUGCCCUCCCAAAGCGCACAGCACAUGGCAGCCGAGCACUCUCCAAGACUGAACAGAGCUAUGCCAUCCAGCAAGGCAAAACUGCGUACGUGCGAUGGGAGCUCUCCAAACAAGUAGCAAAGCCUGUCGAAGCUACACAAUCCCCCAUGACAGUCCAGGACGCACCUGACACUGAAAUGAAUGGGGCGGAAAACCACACUCUCACCGAUUUUCUUGACAAGGCUCGCACAUUCCUCCAGCCAUUUGCUUCCGCCACGCUCUAUGCAGAAGGGGAGAAGUCGUUAAUAUCGCAGUCGCUGCCUCUGAUGGAUGCUCUCCUGGCCCAUUACGAGAAAAACAAGGCGUACUACUCUCAAAAAGACCAUCAAGAUCCCCGAAUGGUCCGGGCUAAUAAAAUGGGUUGGUUUGUGCAGAAUAAAUACUAUAAUCUGACUGACGAGACGCCGGUCUAUGUGAAAGGCCGCUACUUCGAUCAAUGGAAGGUUCUAGAAGCUCGGCGGCACAGCCGCCGCUCAAGCGGCUUGCCCGUUACAGUCUAUGCUGCGGCUCUUCUUCUUAAUCCUUCCCGUAGAGCGGCAUAUAUCCGUAAAAAUUGGCCAACUUCAUGGGUGAAACCCGCUAUUGCGGCCGCGAAAGAGCUAUGGGAGUCGAACUUCGGUGUAUUGCAGGUCGGCUCAGACAAUAUUACACCAUCGCCGUCGCUUCUACUGGCAAUAACCUCCCAUCAGCGUGGCGCUGAGCUAGAUUUGCUUAUGAAGGAUAUAGAGGUCAUCACAGCCGAUAUAAGGGAUGAUGAUGACUUCAGCGCCUUCAUCGAGCUGCCAACUUUCCGGAUAGACUGCAGUCCCCUCGAAUGGUGGUCUCGUAGCGAGCAGAUGUCCGCUAUCCCCGGCUACACCGCAUGGCCAUAA